CAAAAGAAGAAGAUGUUUAAAAUAUUGUAAACUAAUUAAUUGAAUCCUAAAUUGGAACAAGAGUAAAAUUGUAUCGUUUACUAAUUUUCUGAAAGUAGCGAUUGCAUACAGAUAUGACAAAACAGAGUGAUUUGGGCAUGUUGGAGAUGUACAAUAACAAAGAAAUGAAGAAUAACCAGAAUACAAAAUUUGCCUUUCCAGAACUUUUAUCACUAGGAAUAAGCAAAGGAACGCGAUCAGAACCAAAUUCUCGCAAUUGUUCUUUUAAGAAAAAGAGGCGGCACACAAACGAUUUUGUUAGAAAGAAUUUACACAGAAACAGUUUACCUUUGUCUCCGGUUGCACUAACAAGGUCGUCUAGUGACUUUUUUGGAAAUGAAAUAAAGCAACGAGUACGAUCAUUUACACUUACAUCGGAUGGACUUUUAAGUGAUGGUUUUCGAUACAAUCGUAGAAAAAGUAGUAGCUCAUCAGUUUCAUCUAACUAUAGAUCAAGAUUUCCUAGUGACGCAUCAAAUAGUUCUAAAUCUUGGAGUUGCUCAUCAUCGUGUUCAACUGGAUACUACAGGGUGUCUAUAAUGGGUGCCAAUGGAGUUGGAAAAACAGCAUUGAAAAAUUGCUUUAUGAGCUCAGAGUAUAUGUCGUCUUCAGACUUGGUUAUCCAUGAAUUCGAUGAAAACACACUUACCCUUAUGGUCGAUAACGAGGAAUCAACAAUGGAGUUCAUAUCUUUUACAUCCGAUCAGAAAGAUGAUCUACCAGUCGAUGCAUAUGUUGUUGUGUUAUCUGUUCACGAUAGCAAUUCGUUGACAAUAGCAGAGGGAUAUUUACAGUAUCUUCGUAACGAACUUGAUAGUGAUAGACCUAUUAUAUUAGUUGCAAACAAAAUUGAUCUAGUCAGAAAACGACAAAUAACGACAGAAGAAGCACGUCUACUCGCCAAGGAAUUCGACUGCAAAUACAUCGAAACAUCAGCUGUGUUAAAUCACAAAGUGGACGAACUAUUAGUAGGAAUAUUAAAACAAAUAAAACUGAAGCUUAACCCAGAGGCCAUUGAAAAAGCAGUGAUGAUGUCACAGGACAAAGGAAAAAAACAUUCAUCACGUAAAGGACCCAAAAAACUUUUAGACAAACUAUUUAGAAGAAACUGUAAAUCUUUAUCUAGAUUAGAAAAUUUAUUUGAUCUGUGA